CGACGGGCCGAUGAGGAGCGGGGGAGGGAAGAAAGAAAGAGAGAGAGAGAGAGCGAGCAGGAAGGGCCUUGCGUUGGCAUUUGUGCUAGUCGUCAUCCACGUCAUUUGUCAGUGCGUUGGCUUGGUACCUGGGGUGUGUGGGUGUGGGUGGGUGGUGGUAGGUGUGUCCUUUGGGCGGAAUGGGCUGCAUGCUGCAUAGUGUACCUCGUGGGGCCCGGCAUCAACUCAUGCUCUGAAACGGGAAAUUAA